AUGGCUCUCUCCGUGAUAUCAUCUCUGAACCCCCUUGCAGUUGUUGCAGCCGGUAUUGGCUUAGCUGGGGUUGGCUUAGCAUCUUGUUUGUCUUUUCGAAGCCACAAUGGCAACAAUUUGACCCUGCUUGAAGAAGGACGUCAGGGAACAUCUAUGAUACCUACUCACAAUGAUGACAAAGGCGUCGUACCGGCCAGACUCACCCGUCUGCCUUACACGCCUGUCAGACUAAGUGUCAAUGUCAACUAUACUGGACCCAAUUCAACUAAUGAGACCUAUGUGAUCCUUACUGUGUUUGAUCUCACCGACGGAAGCUCCAAAGAGGAUGGAGAGCCAUCUGAAUCUGGCGACAUGAAUUCAAAAAGUGAUACGGACAACAGUAUCCGAUUCCCCGAUUGGCCUGUGCUUGAACCAGACUUCUCUGCCAAUCGUGAAGUACUCAUCGCUGUAGCAGCAAUCAAAAGAGGUACUCGGGGAUUCAGACUCAAAACACCGUACCCCACAUUCUGA